CUAUCGAGCCUGCAUUGUCAGAGCUUGGGGAAAGCGCUUGCGUCAGAUCUCACCGUCCUGCUAUAAAAGCACGGACCGCAGCAGCAGAGAGCAGUGGAGCUUAAACCUGAGCCCUACAAACACCUCCACACACUCUCACACACACAGAGAGGAGAGGGAGAGCAGCCUGUCUUCCCACAACCCCACAAUGAGUAGCAUCGGAUAUGACCCCUACUACACCGCCUCGCCGUACAAGCGCUGGUAUGCCGAGGCUCCCCCUCGUGUGGCGGUGACCAGAGGGAGGACGCACUCCGUCUACUCCUCCCAUGCUUCCCCUCUGUCCUCCUCCCGGGUGCAGUACUCCUCUCCCGGACGGAAGCUGCUCUCCUCCUCCUCCAGAGCCUCCUCUGUGGAGCUGGAGCUCAGCCAGGCCACCCAGAUCAGCUCCGAGUUCCGCACCGUACGCACCAAAGAGCGCGGCCAGCUGCAGGACCUCAACGACCGCUUUGCCGGCUUCAUUGAGAGGGUGCAUGAGCUGGAGCAGCAGAACCGUGCUCUGGAGUCAGAGCUGCUGCUGCUGAGGCAGAAGCACAAUGAGCCGUCCCGCCUGAGAGCGCUGUACGAGCAGGAGGCCCGGUCCCUGAGGGCCGCCGUGGACGAGGCCAGGGCAGAACAACAGUCCGUCCUGGGACAGAGGGAGCGGCUGGAGCAAACCCUGAGCGCCUUGCAGAGUCAAUAUGAAGAGGAGAUUAUGGGUCGAGAAGAGGCCGAGGGCAGGAUGAUGGACGCCCGCCGCGAAGCCGACCAGGCCGCCUUGACUAAGGCCGAAAUGGAAAACAGAGUCGAAAGUCUGCUGGGAGAGCUGGCCUUCCUCAAGAGGAUUAAUGAAGGGGAGGUGGUGGAGCUCCAGGCCCAGGUCCAGAUGAGUGUUCAGGUGGCAGUAGAGUCUGAGACCGCCACUCCAGACCUCUCUGGGGCUCUCAGGGACAUCCGGUCCCAGUAUGAAAAGCUGGCAUCGAGGAACAUGCAGACAGCAGAGGAGUGGUUCAGAGGCAAGGUGGGCUCCAUGACCGAAACCGUGGCCCAGCACAGCGACGCCAUAAGGAGCUCCAAAGACGAAGCAGGAGAGUACCGCCGCCAGCUCCAGGCCCGCCUGCUCGAUAUCGAUGCCUGCAGAGGCAUCAACGAAUCCCUGGAGAAGCAGCUCCACCACACGCAGGAGAAGCAGAGCGCUGAGAUAGACGCCAUGCACGAGACCAUUGCAGAGUUGGAGAGUGAGCAGAGGGGCACCAAACAGGAGAUGGCACGCUACAUGAAGGAUUACCAGGACCUGCUGAAUGUCAAGAUGGCUCUGGACAUUGAGAUUGCUGCAUACAGGAAGCUUCUGGAAGGGGAGGAGUCUCGCUUCAGUGGGGGCGUGUCCUCUCUGUACAGCCAUAGUUUCUCAGCACCCUCCUACUCCCGGCCCCUCCUCUCCAGCGUGAGCUCCGGCACCUCCUACAUGAUGACAUCACGCCUGCUCAGCUCCAGCCUGCUCAGCUCCAGCCUCAGCACCAACGAGGGAAUCAUCUUCGCCAGCCACGCCCAGCAAGCAGAGGCCAGCCCACCUGGGGAGGAAGAGGAGGUGAAGGAGGAAGAGGGAGGAGAAGUGACAGAGGAGACCAAGGAGGAAGAAGAGAAGGAGGAUGAAGAGGGAGGAGAGGAGGAGGGAGAUAAGGAGAAAGAAGAUGAAGAAGGGGCCAAGGGAGAUGAAAAGGCAGAGGGUGGUGAUGAGGAAGAGCAAAAGGAAGAGGUGACAGAGGCAGCUGAAGAUGACGGGGGAAAAGAGGACAAGGAAGAAGGACAGGAAGCUGAGGUCAAGGAGGAAGCACAAGAGGAGAUAAAAACAGAAGCAGAGGACAAAGAUGGGGACGCAAAAGAAGAAGAGAAAGACAAGAAGGAAGAGGUGAAGAAAAGUGAGCAGAAGGAAGAUAAAGCGGACGCCAAGAAAGACGACAAAGCUGCUCCAAAAUUAGAUGACAAACCUGAUACCAAAAAGGAGAAAGAGGCCAAAUCCGAAGCUGCAGAAGAAAAAAGCACAAAGGGUAAAAAGUAAGCCAGUAGCCUCAGCAAACUUCAAUCAAGACCUUCCUUUAGCUUGACAACCAGCAGAGGCAUCUAUGCUAUGCUCUCCAGUCUGCUUUUGGUGCCCAAUAAAACAGUCUGAUAGCCAUUUACAGCAUUAAAUCAAGGUAAACUGCUUGCCAACAUCCAGAAUAUUCCAUAAUGGUCUGUGUCGCACACUUCCUGAUGAGUGUUAUAUGUGUAAUUGCUGAAUGCCAAAGUGAGCGUGUACGUUUUUGGUGUUUAAAUAAACACCUCUUAAAGCCA